CUUCUUUUCCCUCCAAUGCUUCUUGUUCUCCCCCAACCCUUGUUGUUUUUCCUUCUUCUUCCCCCAUUCGAUCAUAUUUUGAUUGGGGUGCGGUCUCCUUUUUCCGCCGCCGCUGUCAGGUCUUCUCCUCCCCCCGGUGCCUACCGCUGAACCAACGACUGGAAUUCAUCGUCGCUAGAGUUAUGCCCUUGAGAAGCCAUCUAGACGUGGCCGCGGAUUCAACAUAAAGCCCCAAAAAUCAGAAACUAAGCCGCCGAAGUUUAUGUCUUUCUUGCUGAGCUCUCUUUGGGCUAAUAAAAGAAUCCGUCUUUGGCGCAAACUAUCAACAUAUAGAUCUUUUUCUCACAUGGGUUUUACUCAAACCGCCAAUUCAAACAUAUCUGGUUCUGAAAUGGAUAAUAGCAUAUACAAAAUUCUAACAAUCGAUCGUUGGGAGUCGCUUAAUCACAUGGAUUACAAAUUAGCCUCUCUCAGAGAAGUCCAUGGAAAGCUAGCUUUGAAAUUUCUCAACUGGAUUAUCAAACAACCUGCCAUGGAUCUUGCCCACAUAACUUACAUUAAUUGCAUUACAAUACACAUAUUAAUCCGAGCUCGAAUGUACGACCAAGCCAAGUCAAUCCUAAACCGUUUCUCCGACAUGGGUGUCGGAUCACGUCCAGCAUUCGAAGCUCUCUUGAAAACAUAUCGCCUCUGCAAGUCAAAUCCAUCAGUUUUUGAGAUUUUCAUUAGGGUCCAUUUACAAAAUGGAAUGAUUGAAGAUGCAAUUGAGAUAUUCAGUUUGAUGAGUUCUCAAGGUUUCAAACCAUCUGUUUCCACUUGUAACAUGAUCCUUAAAGCUGUGACGAAAGAACGUCCAAUUGGGUUGGUUUGGUUGUUCUUCAAGAAUAUGCUCGAUAGGAAAAUCUGUCCUGAUAUUUGUACAUUUAAUAUACUGUUGCGAGUUCUCUGUAUCGAUGGGAAGCUCGAAAAAGCUUUCCAUAUUUUCGAGAAGAUGGAAGGAGUUGGUUAUGUUCCUAGCUUAGUUACAUAUAACACUUUGCUUUAUUGGUGUUGCAAAGAAGGGAAAUAUAAAGCGGCAUUUGAUAUAAUUGAGAGAAUGUGUAGGAAAGGUCUUGAAGCAGACGUUUGCACGUAUAAUAUGCUUAUAGAUGAUAUGUGCCGAAAUAACAGAACUGCCGGAGGCUAUUUAUUACUUAGGAAGAUGAUGAAGAAGAAGAAAAUGAAGUUUUUUCCUAAUGAAAUAACUUAUAACACUGUUAUCAAUGGUUUCAUUAAGGAAGGGAAGCUUGAAGUUGCAUUGAAGGUCUUGGAUGAGAUGUCGAAAUUCAAUCUUUCGCCAAAUUCGGUUACUUACAACACUUUGAUUCAUGGGUUUUGUCGGAAUGGUUGCUUUAAAGAAGCUUCAAGACUAGUUGAUGAAAUGGAGGCUAAAGGUUUAAGUCCUAAUGAUGUUAGUUAUGGAUCUGUUCUUAAUGGGUUAUGCAAGUUUGGGAAGAUAAAUUCAGGAAGAAUUCUUUUUGAAAAGAUGAGAAAGAAAGGUUUAGUUAUUGGUUGUAUUGUAUAUACGAUUUUGAUAGACGGUUUAUUCAAAAACGGAGAUUUCGACGAAGCUAUUGACAUUUUCGAUAAGAUGUUGAACGAUGGUAUCAAUCCAGAUUUUGUAACUUACUCUGUUCUUGUAAACGGAUUCUGCAGAGCAGGAAAGAUGAACAAAGCGAAAGAGGUAAUGGGUAAGAUGUAUAAAGAAGGUUUUGUACCGAAUAGCAUAAUAUUCUCUACGUUAAUUUAUAACUUAUGCAAGUAUGGAAAUGUUGAUGGAGCUAUGAGCAUUUACGUUUGUAUUUAUCGAACUAACCGGGAGAGAAGUCUUUUCGAUUGUAAUGUGUUGUUAGGGUCACUUUCUAGAGAAGGGCGUGUUUUAGAGGCAGAACAGUUCAUUCGUCAUAUGGUCAGAACCGGUUUGGUUCCGAAUUGUGUCGGUUUUGAUUUGGUUAUGAAUGGAUAUGCGAAUGUGGGUGAUGGGUUGAAAGCGUUUUCGUUGUUUGAAGAAAUGGUUGAAUUGGGUAUUGAACCGAGUUUCUACACGUAUGGGAUUCUUCUUAAAGGAUUAUGCAAAGGCGGGAAUUUGGAGGUGGCGAGUCGUUUUUUGAAUGAUCUUCGGUUUAUUCCUAAAGCGAUUGAUUUGGUUUCGUACAACACUUUACUGGCUGGAGCUUGUAGAUUGGGAAAUUUGAAAAUGGCGGUUUAUGUUAUGGAUGAGAUGGUUAGAAAUGAUAUUAUCCCAAAUAACUACUCUUACUCUUCGCUUUUUGCGGGAUUUUGUAGGAAAGGUAAGAUAGUUGCGAUGGUUCUUGUAAUGGAGAAAGCGAUUAGAAGGGGAAUUUUACGUUUGGAUGAUCAGGUUACGUUUACUUGUUUGAUUAGUGGUUUGUUUAAGGCAGGUCAGUCGAAAGCGGCUACUUAUUUCUAUGAACAGCUGGUGAGGAACGUCAGUUGUCUAGAUUUGGUUGCGUUUAAUGUUAUCAUUAAUGGUUAUGCUAGAAUUGGUCAGAUGGUUAAAGCCGAGAAAUGCUUUUCAAAGAUGAAAAGUAUCGGAUCUUCACCUGAUUUAGCUACGUUUAACGUUCUCUUACGUGGGUAUUUGCGUAAACGCGAUUUAUCUAGGUGUUUUACGUUAGUUAAUGAUGUGAUUAAGAUUGGUCUUAAACCUGAUAGGCUUACGUACCAUUUGCUUAUCGAAGGGCUUUGCGGAUUUGGUUUAACCGACUUGGCGAAUAAAUUCUUAAUUAAGAUGGUUUUGGAUGGGGUUGGGGUCGAUUUGAGAACUUUUAAUGUUCUAAUAUCGGAGUUUUGUGAGAAGGACGAGAUAAGAAAGACGUUUGAGCUGUUGAAUGUCAUGAACGAAAUGGGUGUUUCGCCCGAUAUAAAUACAUAUGGUUCCUUACUUAAAGGACUGAGAAGAGCCUCUCGUUUCGAAGAGUCGGUUAUCCUUUUACACGAAAUGUUGGCAAGAGGUUUCGUUCCUACAGAUAGACAAUAUGCGACCAUCGUUAAAGGUAUGUGUAAGAAAGGGGAUAUAAAAGGUGCAUUUAAGUUGAAAGAUGAGAUGAAAGAACUUUUUAUAACCGAGCCUGAAAAAGCAGAAGGUUGUUUAGUAAGAGGUCUUGUGUUGAGAGGGAAGGUUGAAGAAGCGAAUCUCGUUAUCGAUUGUAUGGUUCGUGGGAGAAUUCUUCCUAAUGUGUCUAUUUUCACUACAGUUAUGCAUGGAUUAUGCAAAAUGAUGGAUAUAACUGGGGCUUUACAUUUGAAGAGGGUUAUGGAGAUGAAUUGCGUUAAACUUGAUGCAAUCGCGUAUAAUGUUCUUAUCAAGGGCUUAUGUGAGAGUGGAAACGCAGGCGGUGCGUUUGAAUUGUAUGAUGAGAUGAAACGGAUAGGUGUUUGUCCAAAUAGCAACACUUAUGGUGUUCUUCUUGAUGCUAUCGAGACAGAAGGUUGUCGUGUGAAUGGAAGAUUGUUGAUAACGGAUCUUCAAGAUAGAGGAUUAAUAUCUAGAGAAGAAUCAGAGGAAGAAGAAGAUCUGGAAUUGCAGUUGAUGAUGGCUAGGAAGAAGAUGAAUUCUUUAACUCACAGAAGAAAUCAAUGGCGAAAAAAGAGACUAUAAGUUAGAUAUAGGGUGGUUAGUUGGUAGAGUAAGUUAUUGUAAAUUAGAUGAUAUUAGAGAUAUAAAUAUAUAAUUUU